AUGGCUACCAACACAAAGCAGACCUACCCGGUCCUGCCGAAGAAUUUACUGCUCAUCUCCUUGAAAAUGUAUUUUGAGCCGUCCCGAACCCUCGAAUACUGCCACGCUCUUCUCGACCCCAAGAACGACAUCAUUCGCCCGGAGAAUCGGUCUAAACUUCUUCUCGCUCUAAUCCCGGACUUUCUCACGAUUUAUCCUUGUGCGGAAAUCAUUAAGGAAUACGCCUCUACCCUAUCAUCAGACGAUAGACCAUCGCUCCCCGCCCCAUUACUUCUGGGUGCACAAGACUGCUUUUGGGAAUCACUGGGAGCAUACACCGGGGAAGUCUCACCACUUUCGCUUAGCUCCUUGGGUGUCUCCAUCGUCGAGUUAGCUCAUGCGGAACGUCGCUCCAUCUUCGGGGAAACAGACGAACAGGCAGCACGCAAGGCGGCCGCAACCUGUGCACAGGGAAUGGUGCCUUUAGUAUGCAUUGGAGAAAUUAGUGCCCCUGGACCAGUGGCUUCAGCAGCAGUUGGACUUGCAGUGCGCGAAUGCGAACCACUUGUUCGUGCCAUAUUGAAUGCCAUUCCAACCGAUGCACCUGUCAUCUUUGCUUACGAGCCUGUCUGGGCCAUCGGAAAACCUAAGCCCGCCAGCGUGGAUCAUAUUUCCGCCGUUGUAGAUGGACUUCGCGCAUUGAUCGGUCAGAGAUCCGGAGAUGUCCGUAUCCUGUACGGGGGCAGUGCUGGACCCGGUCUGUGGGGCCCGGGAGGUCUGGGAACAGCUGUUGACGGUAUGUUUCUGGGUCGAUUUGCCCAUGAGAUCGAGGGUGUGCGCAAGGUCGUUCGUGAAGUCGAGGAAACUCUCACUUGA